UUAUCAAACAAUACAGAACCAUUAAAGUGAGUUGAAGGCAAUUAAAAAAAUGUUUAAGAAAAUUUUGAUUUUGCUUUUUGUGCACUUUACAAUUGCCAAUAUACUGAAAGGUGGAGUUCCAAAUAGAAAUGGUGCAAAAGAUUUGAAUUUCACAACUCCAGGCACUAAUGUGACAUGGCCAAGUUAUAAUUUCACCACACCAGCAACUCCAACAUUUAAUUAUAGCACAUCGGGACCAAAUUGGAACUCUACUACUCCAAAUCAUUGGAAUCACACAACACAAGGACCAAUUUACAAUUCUACAACUCCAAAUCAUUGGAAUUCAUCAACACUGACGCCAAACUUUAAUCAUACUACCCCGAAUCACUGGAACCAUACAACACCAGGUCACAAUCUCAAUCAUACAACGAGUCAUUGGCAUCAUCAUACAACUUCAAGACGUAAUCGCACAACAACAACUCGCUGGCAUUUUACAACACCUAAUUUUAGUCGAACUACUUCAAACCAUUAUAAUUUUUCAACACCAAAUCCACCACAUCAUAAUGGAACCACAUCGAGUCAUUGGAAUUUUACAACACCAAGUCCUCCAAACUUCAAUCAUACUACAACUAAUUUUACGUAUCCCGGAUCUAACUUCACAACACCAUCAUACAACUUUUCAACACCUGGAUCGAACGUGACUUGGCCAAGUUGGAACUAUACAACACCCACUCCUCCUCAUUUUAAUUCCAGCACACCUGGUCAAAAUCAUAAUUUUACCACACCGAAUUUUAAUAUUUCUACAUCCACGCCAGGAUUUAAUUUUUCAACGCCAGGUUUUAACUAUUCCACGCCUAGCUACAACUACAGCACACCUGGUCCAAACUGGAAUUAUACAACAUCAGCUCCGAAUCUAAACUUCACGACUCCAGAAUAUAAUUUCACAACAUUGCCAAAUUUUAAUGCAACAGCACCAAGUUACAAUAUUACAACGCCUGGAACUAAUUUCACUUUACCGAAUUUCAAUUACACUACGCCUAGCUUCAAUAAUACAACGCCAGGUCCUAAUUUCAAUUAUACCACACCACUUUAUAAUUUUACAACACCAGUGGGCAAUUAUACAGUCCCAAAUUUAAAUCUAAAGACUUCAUUGCAUUAAUUUAAUUGGAGAAAAGUUAUCUUAGCGUCAAAUCUCCAGCCACUACAAAAAUGAUAAGCAAAAAAUUAAUUUAAGUAAUUGUUUCUAUGUGCGGCGUGUGACUUUUUCCCACGAUUUCAUUGACAAAUAAAGUUGAGUUAUUGAAUUGAUUAUAAA